ACGCCCCCCUCACCCUCGAUUCUCUCUCCCACUCUCUCCAGUCUAGAGAGUGAAAGCCAUAAAAGAGAAAAAAGCUAAUCCUUCGCAGGAGAAUCCGCCAAACUGGAUAAUUCGAAGGAGUAAAUUCACAGAAAACCUCUGAAAAUGUCUCACACGGUGUUCCAAACGGCUCAAAUCAUGCCUAUUUACACCUCAACAAUCCCCACUUCCAAAGUGGUUUCAUCACAGAAGCAGUUAUUGCACCCUGCCGCCGCCUUUAACCGCCUGGCAGUGGCCGGGAAGAUGAGGAAGUCGUGUAUUAGGGCCUCGUCAUCUGUGGUGGACGGAGAUGCCGUUUCAGCCUUGGAGCGCUGCUUUCAGGCUUCGCCGCCGGCGGAUUGUCCAACUUCUUCGGCGGGGUCGCCUGUAAUGUUCGCGCCAGUUAUGAAGGGAGGGAAGUAUGGAUCGCUCGGUGCCGUUACUUUGGAGAAAUCCAAGCUCGAUAUGAGCCAGAAACAAACUAAGUCUAGCCCUGAGCUUUCAACUGGAGGUGGAGGUGGAGAUAUUGGAAAAAGCAUUUUUCACGGUGGUGGUGAUGGAGGUGAUGAUGGUGAUGAUGAUGAUUACAUGGAUGACUUUGAUGAUGACGAUGAGGGAGACGAGGGUGGAUUGUUCAGAAGGCGAAUGAUUCUUCAAGAGCUUUUUGAUCGGAAAUUUGUUGAUGCGGUCUUGAAUGAGUGGCAGAAGACAAUGAUGGACUUACCAGCUGGAUUAAGGCAAGCAUAUGAGAUGGGUCUGGUCAGCUCUGCACAAAUGGUGAAAUUUUUGGCUAUAAAUGCCAGACCUACAACAGCUAGGUUCAUUUCUCGGUCGAUUCCUCAAGGAUUUUCGAGGGGGUUUAUUGGCAGGAUGAUUGCAGAUCCAGCAUUUUUGUACAAGUUUCUUCUUGAGCAAGCAGCUACAAUUGGGUGCUCAGUUUUGUUGGAGGUUAAAAAUCGCAAGGAGAGGAUAAAGCAAGAGUGGGAUCUUGCCCUAGUUAAUGUGCUCACAGUAACGGCCUGUAAUGCUAUUGUGCUGUGGUCUCUUGCUCCUUGUCGUUCAUAUGGAAACACUUUCCGCUUUGAUCUGCAAAAUACAUUGCAAAAGCUCCCAAAUAAUAUAUUUGAAAAGAGCUAUCCGCUAAGAGAAUUUGAUAUGCAGAAGAGAUUGCAAUCAUUCUUCUACAAGGCUGCUGAGUUGUGUAUGGUUGGAUUAACCAUGGGAACUGCUCAAGGUGCUAUAUCAAAUUUUUUGGCCAGUAAAAAAGAGGGAAGGUUGUCUGUGAGCAUUCCAUCAGUGAGCAAUAACGCACUUGGUUAUGGAGCAUUCCUUGGCCUAUAUGCAAAUCUGCGUUAUCAGUUGUUGUGUGGCUUAGACCAAACAAUGAUGAACUACUUUGAUGUUAUUGGAGUUGCUCUCUGCUUUAGCACCGCCCUCAGGGUAAUGAAUGUUCAUGUUGGAGAGACAUCAAGGCUGACUUGGCUCGGGGUGGAGCCAGAUCCACUGGCUCAUGCAGACGAUCUCCUGAAAGCAGCUUACAAUAGACCAUCCGAGGGUAUUGAUCAGACUUCUUCGAAAUGGUUUAUAUCCAAGAACGCCAUAGUAUCCGGGCUUGGACUUCUCGGGAUCAAACAGGGCCAAGGCGGCUCAGUCACUGAGGGCGAAGCAGUGCCACCCAAAGCUAGGAGAAAAAGAGUAGUCAGGAAAAAGGCAACAGCAAACAGAACAGCAUAGUUGAUACAAUAGCAACCAAUUGUUCGAUUUUGCACAUGUCUGGAAUAAGGAUUUGCCGAUUCAGAUGAUAUUUUUCGCUUCGUGAGAGCCUGACCAAGAAAGUUUCGUUGACAAUGAUACACGCAGAUGCCACAACACAAGCUCCAUCAGUGAUCAAGAGAAUGAUAUGCUGGGGGGAUUUUGCUCCUUAUCUCUAGCUAUUUUUUGGUGAUAUUGAGAAACUUAUGAUUCUAAUAAAGAAGUGUGAAAGAUUUGAGAUUGUUGGAGCUACUUUCUUCUAACAGGAAAAUAUAUAUUGUUUCCCCAUUUAGUUAAGCUAGUCUUUUUCUUUUUCUUUUCUUAAUUAGAGCUGUGUUUCUCCUAGGUGAAAAGUUUUGUUGUUGAGAAUCUUGAGAUUAAAUACUUUCAUUCUUAGAAUGCUAAUGCUUUUCUUCAUUUUAGCUA